AUGAAUGAGAUCAAGCAGGUAGGCGGCAGGGCGGUGGUGGUGCGGGGGCACGAUAUCGAUACCGAUCGAAUCGUUCCGGCCCGCUACCUCAAGGAAAUCACCUUCAAUCGCAUGGGUGAAUACCCGUUCUUCGACGAGCGGCACGACACCGAGGGCAACACGGUGGACCAUCCGUUCAACGAGGCCCGCUUCCAGGGCGCCGAGGUCCUGCUGGUGAACCGCAACUUCGGUUGCGGGUCGUCGCGGGAGCACGCGCCGCAGGCCCUGUACCGCUGGGGCAUCAAGGUCGUCGUCGGGGAAUCCUUCGGUCCGAUCUUCGCCGGCAGCAGCCUGCUGAUGGGCAUGCCCACGGUGAUGGUCUCGCCGGAGGACAUCGGAAAGCUCAUGGCAAUGGUGGAGGCCGACCCCGAAGUCGAGCUCACCGUGGACCUCGACGCCCGGAAGAUCCACCUGCCCGAUGGCACGGACAUGGACAUCGACAUCAGUGAGGGCCACCGCAACGCCCUGACCACGGGCUCGUGGGACUCCACCACGCUGCUGCUCAACAACAUGGACGAAGUGGCCGAGACCGCCGAGAGACUGCCCUACACCAAGAACUUCGAGGGGCCGGCGCCGCUGUAG